AUGGCCGAGGACGAAGACUUCUUCUCGGACGAUGACCUCGAUGCCCUCCCGACCAAUACCCUCGACCAACUCGAGCAGCAGGCCAUACUCACUUCCCAGCACCCCAAGACGUUCGAUGCGCCUGCGAAGCCCGUCGUCCAGCAGCCGUCCCGCAAACAAGCCCACAAUGCCUCGAGCCUGACCAGAAAUACCGGCCUCAAUUCCAAGAAUCUGCCCUGGCGAGCCCCUCAGCCAACACGUCUACCGUAUGUGACAUCCCUAUACACUAUAUAGCCUUUCGCGCAGCGAAAGGUUGUUGUCUUGCCAAGAUCCCUAGCCAAGAUUGGGGCAAUAGAGAUCCCAACAGCGCAAUCAGCGGUAGCAACCACUGCGAUGAUACUAACGGAGAACUAGGCCGGCCCAACAUGCUGUACAGACUCCCUCAGCGCCUCCUCCAAGCGCUCCAGACCCUCCCUCGUCAGACUACGGCUUCGACGAUGAGGAUGUCAUCGAUCUCGAUGAGCCCUCUUUGAUCAUUGAGCCUGCUCCCAUGCAACCGUCGGUGCAAGCUCCUUACCAACGACGACAAUACGGCAGUAAAGCUCCCUUGGAUCCCGAGACCGAGGCCGCAUUUGCUGCCGCAGAUGCCGAACUUGAUAGCCAGACCUUUGGCAGAUGGCAGCAAGCACCGCCACAGACAUACGGGAAUCCAAGUGGCGGAUCCAUUGACAUAUCUGCUUUGCAAGCGAGGAUCGCCGAGCUCGAGGCUGAGCAGGAGAGAUUGCGACUAUCGGAGCAGGAAGCCCGGAGUGAGGCACUAGCCAAGCAAGGCGAGAUCGCCAUCGUACGCAGCAACCAGGAGAGGAUCACGAAGCAGUAUGAGGCCAGGCUAUCCGUCAUGCAGCAUCUGCAUGCCGACGAAUCGGCGAAGCAAAAGGCCGAGUUGGAGGCACAGCGCAAGGAGAGACAGAAGAUGGAGACGGACAAUCGCUUUCUGAAGCACGACUUGGCUCAGGAGGCUGACCGUGCGAAGAGAGGGAACGGUACUGGUCGGUCCAGGGCAGGACCAGGCAACACACAGCUAGGGACCCCAAGGAAGAACAAGAAGGGUGUACUUGGCGACGGCUUCGACGAUAUCGAGAUCCAGAUGACGAGCCCUAGCCGCAGCAAAGAAAAGUCGAAAGAUCAGACCCCUCAAGCUGGUGCCAAGCGGAGGAGGACAGCAAACGACAGCCCUGCUGCACCUCUAUCCUUCACGCAGCCGCCGUUGUCCGUUCGCCAUGAAAGCUCUGAACAGGCAGGCGCUUCGUUUGAUCAACCCCAGGUUGAGGCUGUCGCUGUCAAAGAUGGUUCCAGGUACGCGUUCAUGCAGCUCCUUCUCAAUCAUCGCCCUUACGAAGGCCAUGAACGAUCUGUAGAGGCCAUGGCGAAGUAUGCGUUCCCAUCCAAGCCUCAUAAGACGAUUUCUUCACUAUUUCUCGACGAGAUAACCUCACUCACUGUCAAGGACGACGAAGAAAUAUGUCUACAGGUGGCGCGAGUGCUGCUCCGCAUGUGGUGUCGCUGUUUGGAAGAGAAGUACUUCGUCCCGUUUUACUUGGUUCUCGACAUGCUUCGUUUUUCGCUUCGAACGGAACUUGCUGCGACCAAGUUGCAAUUGAUCGAAGAGGCCGUUCCGCUCUGCACCCGGUGCAUUGAAUACGUUGCUACGGCGCGUGCUCGUGCGACCAUCAAUCGAAACUUCGCUGCAAGCCUGGAUCGCGCAGAUAUCGAGAAGCUUGCAGACGAGCGGGAAGUUGACGAGACUCUUGACUUCCUACACGAAUUGUGCGAGGCUGCUUCGCUUUCUGCCGAGCGCAAGGAAGUCUUUUGGAGCAAUCUUGAAGUGUAUUUCGUUGUCUCAAUGCUCAACAAAGCGCAACCACUCCAUGAAAUCAUGACAAUGCUGCGUAUGCUUGGCUCGUCUGCCAGGCCGACGUCUCUUGGAGUGAUUUCGAGAGAAAUCGGAAAGCAGACCGAGCAAGAAAAGCAGCUCGUGGACUGCCUCACGAACCUGCUCUUUGAGAACCUAGACGCGCCGCCGGACGAGCCGAAAUAUUCCGAGGAUGAGACACUCGAAGUGAGAAUCGAGGUUUUGAAGGUCUUCAGGGAAUUCUGUCAGCGAGAUCAUGGGACAUCCGUACUUGCAGGACAUCGAAGCGUUAUUGGGAGACUGGUCAGGUUUCUCGAUGCGCAGGUUGCUAAGCUGUACCGGAUACGCCCACCGGUGGGCCUGGACGACUCAGCUGCUGAAAAAGUCACCUACCGUCUCAUUGCCGACACUAUCAAUCGCACUACCCGACUGCUAUACCAUCUCCUUUGCACAUUUGACGAUCCGCAAAUCACGAUCCAGAAACUGCAGGUCGUCCAUGGAGGCUAUCACAAAUUCAUUGUCAGCCUGACUCGUAUCGCUUUCACGGAACAAGUCGCCUUUGAGGCUGGCAUUGAGAAUGAAGUGUCCGAAGCAGCGCAUAGCAUUCUCGACAACAUCCUGAAUUCAGAAGGUAAGCUUCAUUGUACGCAGCAAGAUAAAUACAUGUCUGACACAUCCUAGACGGCGAAGCUGUAAUGAAAGCCUUUGAGACGCCUCGCAGUACAAAAGGGCCUACCGCCGAAAAUAAGCCCAGCGAGGAGACUCAUGACGGCGACAUCAGUAUGAGCCAGCCGGAUUGA